AUGGCGGCCUGCGGAGCGCUGGCGGCUUUUGCUGUCGCCUUCCUCCUUGCCUCUGGUGUCCAGCCCAGCAAGUAUUCCCGGGAGGCCAACGAGGGCUUGGCGGACGCCGGCGUCAAGCGACGGGAGAGCGGGGAGUUUCGGGUGGUGAAGCUGAACCAGGUCUGGGAGAAGGCGCAGCGGCUUCAUCUCUCUGCUGUGAAACUGGCAGAGUUGCACAGUGAUCUAAAAAUACAAGAAAAGGAUGAACUAAGCUGGAAAAAACUGAAGGCUGAAGGGCUAGAUGAAGAUGGAGAGAAAGAAGCCAAACUCAGGCGCAAUUUAAACGUCAUUAUGACCAAAUAUGGAAUGAAUGGGAAGAAGGACUCUCAGCUGGUUGAUACCAACUACAUUAAAGAUGGUGCAGAAAGUGAUACACUAGAUGACCCAAGACUGGAAAAAUUAUGGAGCAAGGCCAAGACCUCUGGGAAGUUCUCUGCUGAGGAGCUGGACAAGCUUUGGCGAGAGUUUAAGCAUCACAAAGAAAAGAUUCACGAAUACAACAUCCUGCUGGAGACCGUGAGCAGGACAGAAGACAUCCACAAAAAUGUUAUCAACCCAUCUGAGGAGAACCUGGUGAAAGAGGAAAUCUUGCACAACAAGCACAGAGAGCUCAAAGAGAAGCUCAGAAGCAUCAAUCAGGGCUUUGAGCGAUUGCGUAAAGUCAGUCACCAGGGAUAUGACACAACCAGUGAAUUUGAAGAACCCAGAGUGAUUGAUCUGUGGGACAUGGCCAAAUCAGCCAAUUUCACUGAGAAAGAACUUGAAUCUUUUCGGGAGGAGCUGAAACACUUUGAAGCAAAGAUUGAAAAACACCAUCAUUAUCAGAAACAAUUGGAGAUUUCCCACGAGAAGCUGAAGCAUAUAGAGGGAACUGGUGACAAGGAUCACCUGAACAGAAACAAAGAGAAAUAUGCCAUGCUGGAAGAAAAGACAAAAGAACUGGGAUAUAAGGUAAAGAAGCACUUGCAAGACUUAUCCAGCAGAAUCUCUCAAGGUCUUCAACACAACGAGUUAUGAAAACAUGCUGUCCUUCAUGGGAUCAAUGUAUUAACACAGAAAGUGUGGGGUUGGAACAGGACUGACCAAGGAGUCCUUCUGAAACAGUAAGGAUUGAACAGGGUUGUCCUGUAAGAAUUCUUUUUUUUCCUCCACUUAAUUGCCGGUUUUGUAUUUGCACUAUCAAAUGAAAUUACUAGAUUAUAAAUGUGAGUUACACAUCUUGGAUCAUAUAAAAUCUUACAUCUGAAUCAAGUAACAGCCUUUGAAAUAAGCAGUCACGUCAGA